GGAAGAAUUUAUUCUCGCAAAAUCGAUCAAACACUGAGUAAUAAUGUGUUUCACUUAUUUAUAUUUUCUGGACAAUUUUCAUCCGUAACGACAUUGAUCAUGUCUUCCGUAAAUGUUACACAGCUAAUUGAAAAAGAAAAACUGACAGACUCGCCCACGGGAUUUUGGAGAAACGAAGAAAAUGAAGAACAAAUAACUACAAACCCCGUUUAUGAAAAUCGUUUAACAGAGACAGGAAGUGACGUACUAUCGGCCAAUCCAGAAUGCCAAACAAAGACAGACGAGGAGGUGACAAACACAUUGAAAGACAUUGAGAAAGACUCAGACGAAAGUCCAUUAGGGUCAGACCAGCAGCGGAAGAGAGAAGACGAUGAUACGGUAGAAGAUGCAGAUGAGACAGAUUACUUUGACAGUGAAGAUGAGUACUGGGAAACUCACAGGGAUGAGGGGUAUACAGAUGAAUACAACGAAUAUCACUACCACCCCACACAGACAGGCAAGGACGGCAGAUACAGCAGGGGAGUGAAACAGUACGAAAAUUUGCCCCUUUUCAGGAGAUCCAUAAGGAAGUUUGCUGCAGAUAACAAUUUUGAAGUAAAAGACGUCAUUGCUGACGGAAAUUGCUUGUUUCGAUCCGUAGCGGAUCAACUGAUGAUCAAUGGUUGUAGUGGAUACACUGAGAAAGGUUUACGACAGACGGCGAUAAAGUAUCUAAGAAGUAACACCACAUUUAAAGAUGGCGUCCAUGCAUCGUCCUUUUUAUCCGGGGAAACAUUGGAGGGAUACCUUACCAGAAUGGAAAAGCCAGGAGAAUGGGGCGAUCACAUUAUUCUCCAGGCACUGGCUGACGUCCUAAUGUUAGAUAUCGUCGUUUUCAAUGUUUUCCUGGAUGACAUCAGAACUACGGAAGUUACUGCUGAAUUAGACACAGAUGGCAUGAAGACACUCCGCAUUUAUCUAGGACAUUUAGGAGAAUUUCACUAUGUGAGCCUGAGGCCAAAACAAUGGAUGGAAGACUGGCCAUACAAAGCCCUGAUCUUAAGAUUGCAGACAGUAUCUGAAGAUAUGGAUGUAGAAAUGAGAAAAACUUUGAUAGAAGAAAAAGUCUUAUCAAUGUCCCGGGGAACACGCAUUUCUGAAGCUACUUUGAACGAUAUAGCUCAAUUUGCAAUACAGACGACAUGUCGAAAAGAAGGGAGAAAGACGGGAAAAUCAUUCACGGUCAAGGGCAUAGCGGAGGAUUUCAACCCACAAAUUACUGAAGAAACAGAAGUUUCUCAAAGAAGUUUAAUUGAAAAUCCUUUGCAUACCGACCACCUUUCCGGAAUUCCUUUACAUCAGCUGACAUUUAUCAUGAAACAUUUAAUUCCUCACUGUAUGUCAUGGCCACAUUUCUUUGGUGACGGGCGUCUUUUCCGCAGUGGAGAGCACCUUUGGCAUUUUAUCGGAAGCGCUGCGGAUGGAAACUCUUUCGUGUUGCAAGACAUCACACAUACACAAAAAAUGCAUAAGCUGUCAAUGGACGACAGGGAAAAAGUGAAAAUCGUAGUCCUGCAGCCAGAUAAGACGGCUUUUUGUUUCAAGCCAAAAAAUUAUAAUAUAUCCCCAGCACCAGUAUUUGCGGAUUGUACGGAUACACAUCCUGGAUAUUGUAGAAUAAGACUUUCUCCGACACAGUCGAACAAUUGUAGAAAUGAUAAUAUUUUGCGGUCGGAAUCUAAUAUAUAUCUAAAAGCAAAAAACAUACCUGCAGACAUACUUUCACAAAUAGGUAUGAUAAAAUGUCACACAGAAUACUUCGGACUUUUCUGUCCAGUAUUCCCUAGAUUUACUCGAUGUUGGUGUGACAGAACGAGAAAGUUUGACUUUCCGUCUAAGAAGCUCGUUGACUCCAUUAUAACUAGCGGAUGUACAAUAAUCCCCAAACCACACCCAAAGAGUUCAAAACCAGAUGUGGAAUGGAAAUUCAAUUUUUCUUUGGCUGAAUAUUUGUUGUUUUCAAGUCUAACAGAAUCUCAACAAAACGGAUUUUUCGUUUUCAAAGUUUUGAUUGACAACAUGCUAUUUCACCUCCACAAGCCUUUGAAAACAAAACAUUUGAAGGCGAUUUUCCUGAAUUCUUGUGAAGAAAUGCCGAUAGAUGCUUGGGAAACUAAUUUCAGUGGGUGUGUCCUUUACACAUUAGGAUCACUAUUGUUUUGUUUAAGAGCAAGAUUCUUGCCCCAUUACUUUAACCCAGAUAACAACCUCAUCGACACUUUCACAGAAAUGGAUAUUGACGCAAUCUAUGUUCAUAUUGAGUCUAUUCGUUUAUUUCCAACUACUUGUGCUAUGUUUGUCGCCGAAAAACAUGGCUAUGGAUACGGAGAAAAUUUGGUGAGACAUGUCCUGUCUGAUCUAGCAUAUUUCACUCAAGCAAGAGACUUGUAUAUGGUUUACAAUAACACUUUUGUCCCAUUAUCACUCGCUACAACAAAGUUUUUAUCUAGAAAAGGUCACUACGAUGCUGCUUUUAAACUGAUAAAGGAUAUCUUUGAACAAGGGAUUUUGACACCAACAACAGAAAUGAGGCAAACAUCUAUUAGCUAUCAAGAUUUUUUCGUUUCUGCAUUAUUACAAUUACGUCAAAAGUCUUCCCGUACAAUUCUUGCAAAUAUGUACGACAAAGCAUUUGGGACAAAACUUUUGGACAUGUUCUGGAAAGAAACUGAUUUUUCCUUACAGAAGUUUUUACCUUGGAAAAUAGAUCAUCGGCUUACCUGGAUUGAAAUUCCUAGAGAAAAAGCAAGAGAUCUCACAACAAUAGCAAAUGUUCUAUAUGGACACAGUUUGAAAGAAUGUGAUAAACGAAAUAAAAUACUUGCAGAGCUUACGGUUACAGCUGCAAUACGAUGUAUCCGGGAUACUCUGCGUCAGGACAUUCUAGAAAUUAGUCACAUUGAAGACCCAGAAUUAAAAGAAGAAGUCGUUGCGCAAAAGCGUAGCAUUAAAGCCAGACUGAAACUAUAUUACAUACAGGUAUAUGAUAUAUCAAGUAUAGAUUACAUGGUUUAUCCUUUGAAUGAACAUAUUUCGGAUAUAGAAGAGCUUUAUGAAGAAUUUCCAGAAAUGUCGGGAAUUUUGAGCUCAAUGUUUUCUUACUUGGGACAGAAGCAAAAAAGUAGAAAAUAUGCUUCAAAGUGUACCUCUUAUUUAUAUGGGAAUGCAAAAUAAUUUCAUCAGAUAAAAGAAUAGACAAAAGUUCUUACUUGAUUUAUACCAUGUUUCAAUGCUUGAACUGCCUUGAUGACACAAAUAAGGGAUUACGCAGUGUAGAUGAUGAUAAACCAUAACGGAAAAGGGCUAGCUGCUGGCAAGAACUCUAAGGGAAAAAUACCCGGCUUACCCAGAUGAAAUGCUUUAAUUCUUAAGAAAUCCGGUUCCUGGCAAUACCAAAACAUGACUAAAAUAUUAUGAAUAUAAUAAAGAAGUGAUCAAAUUAAAGGCAUUUACGAAGACUGAGGCAUAAAUGAAACUUUUACAAGGAUUACCUGAUACGAAUCUGAGAAGGGUGCCAGUGCCAAUUGAUACACAACUUUUUAGAUAUAUCACACUGUAUAUGUGACUGUACAAACCACUUAUCAUGUUAUUAUAUUCAUGGCUCAUUCAUGUAUUGUAAAGGCACCAUAAAUGCUCAGUACUAAUAAAGGUAUCUUAUUAGA